AAUGAUCUUCUAGCCAUGCAACCCAUUACUUUCUUAAUCCAUUUUUUUUUCCUUAAUCUUGAUAUUGCCCAUUUUCACUUGUUUCUGUCUGGAUCACUAACGGAUUCAACUUCAGUUUCUAUUACAUUUUUGCGACUUUGUUCUUUCAAUGAUGUGCAGAGGAUGGAUUAAAUGCUUAUGUUGCAGUGAAGAACUUUUUACAUGAGAUUCUUAAAUGUUGUACUUUCCUGAACAAUAAGAAUGGAGGGGAAUUUCUCAUUCAAGCUAACACACAGAAGCGGCGUAAAUUGGACGAGGAUAACAGUGGCAUGGUUUUUGAACAUGUUGAGGGACAUGCAUCUCAGUCUGUGGCUGAGCCAAGACAGAAGGUUGUUGAGACUGUGGACACAAAUAAGCUGGCUUCAGACACAAAUAGGAAAAAACAAAGCCGUGGCAGGGGGUAUUCUGCCUCGGCUAGAGGGCGUGGUUCACGAGGUAAUGAUCAAACCAAAAUUCAAACGGUUUCUCCACCAAAUGGACAGCUUGAAAAGGACGGGUGGCCCAAAGAGCAACUUCGACGUGACGAUUUAAGUUUAUUGGAGGAGGAGAACACAACAUUACGCGAGAAAGUUGGAAAUUUGGAGGAGGCAUUACGGAAAUCUCAACAUUUAACUCAAGAGCUAGAGAAGGAGUUGAAGGAUAUCAAGGAUAUUGAGCUGCAGAUGAAGCCAAAGAGAUUAAAAACAUUAUCUGAUUUGUUGAUAUCUGUUUCAAAAGCUGAGAGACAAGAAGCAAGGAUGAAAGUUCGCCAGGAUUCUUUGAGACUUGGCAAUGUUGGAGUAAUCAGGUACUGGAAUCUCAUUUCUGAGACAUGGGAGGAUGGGCCAGCAUUGAAGGAUCUCAAUGUCCAGUUAAACUUAUUGGAGAUGAAAGAAGCAAUUGAACGGCAGAGGAAAUCACUGAAGAAAAAGCAGCCAGAUAAAGUUGAUGGAACUGAUUCAGAAGCUGGAGUCCAGGAAGAGAUUCAAGAUGAAAUCUAUAAAUCUCGUUUAGCUUGCAUCAAACGUGAGGAAGAAACAAUUAUGCGUGAAAGAGAUCGUUAUGAGUUGGAUAAAGCAAGGCUUAUAAGGGAAAUGAAACGAAUAAGAGAUGAGGAUGGCUCUCGCUUCAACAAUUUUCAGAUUUUGAACCAUCGCUAUGCCCUCUUAAACCUUCUUGGCAAAGGAGGAUUUAGUGAGGUCUAUAAGGCUUUUGACUUAGUCGAGCAUAGAUAUGUUGCAUGUAAGCUUCAUGGUUUGAAUGCUCAGUGGAGUGAAGAGAAGAAGCAAAGUUAUGUACGACAUGCUAUCAGGGAGUACAAUAUUCAUAAAAGCUUGGUACAUAAUCACAUUGUUCGUCUGUGGGACAUUUUUGAGAUAGACCAAAACACAUUCUGCACUGUCUUGGAAUACUGCAGUGGCAAGGAUCUUGAUGCAGUCCUCAAAGCAAUGCCUGUUUUGCCAGAAAGAGAAGCUAGAAUCAUAAUCGUUCAGAUAUUUCGUGGCCUUGUUUACCUGAAUAAAAGAGCACAAAAGAUUAUACAUUAUGAUCUGAAGCCAGGAAAUGUUCUAUUUGAUGAAUUUGGCACUGCUAAAGUGACUGAUUUUGGUCUUAGCAAAAUAGUGGAGGAUGAUGUUGGGUCCCAGGGGAUGGAGCUUACCUCCCAGGGAGCUGGGACAUAUUGGUAUCUACCUCCUGAAUGCUUUGAGCUUAACAAGACACCCCUUAUAUCCUCAAAGGUGGAUGUUUGGUCAGCUGGGAUUCUUCUGUACCAAAUGCUAUUUGGCAAACGGCCUUUUGGUCAUGACCAAACCCAAGAACGAAUUUUACGCGAAGAUACCAUCAUUAAAGCCCGCAAGGUGGAUUUUCCUUCAAGGCCAGCUGUGUCGAACGAGGCAAAGGAUUUUAUUCGUCGUUGUCUUACAUAUAAUCAGGCAGAGAGGCCAGAUGUUUUGACCAUUGCUCAGGAUCCAUAUUUGACAUACACAAAGAAAAAUCAUAACAGUACAUAGUGCCAACUUAUGUUAUAGAGAAAGCAUUCCCUAAUUUUGAGGUGAGGAAAUAAUCCCUCAAUUCUACAGAAUUUUGUAUAGUUGUAAAGGUUUUGUAAUUAUUGUCCCUGUUGUUCUUCCCUUGAGUUGGGGUUUCAUUUCCUCUUUCCCUUAGCCCUUUAAAGGAUUCAUAGACCUUUCUGGUAUGUCGUUACUAGUGAGCAUCUUUUUGUCUUGGUCAAGGGAUGGAGAUUGAGGAAGAAAGGAAAGGAAAUAUAUAGUUUUGGAUGCUCUGGUUUCUUGACUAAUUGUUUGGCUUUUCAACUUGUAUUUCGUGGAUUUUAAAUCUAUAAAGCUAGGGCUGCAAACGAA